AUGCUACGGCGUCCGCUGGACUCGCAAGGCCCGGACACGUUCUGGAACCUGCUUGAUGAAAAGACAGCUGAAGUACCGUUACAAGAAGCCAUAGUUGUCGCAUGUGACCUCAACGGUCACGUGGGCGCUACGAAAGACGGUUAUAGCUGCCAUGGCGGUUUCGGGUAUGGGUCACGUAACACUGAUGGCGAGCGAAUUCUCGAAUAUGCAGACUCGCAUAAUCUCGCCAUUGUAAACACUAGAUUUCGCAAACGUGACUCUCAUCUCAUCACCUUCUAUAGCGGUGAGAACAGAUCACAAAUUGAUUUUGUCUUUGUCAGGCGAUCAGUGGCUCGUAACAGAAACGAAGACAGUGAAACGGUUGCAACACAACACCGACCACUGAUUUGUACGUUAAAGAUCGCUCCGCUGAAACCGAAAUUAGCGGAAAGGAGUAGGCCAACAAGAAUCAAGUGGUGGCGACUGAAAGAGAAAGAAGCGGCCGUCGCUUCCAGCAUUCUCUUACCAGCGGUAACGACUGUCGACGAAACUUGGAAGGGAGCUGCGAAAGCGAUAACCCGGGUUGCGCGGUCGAAGCUCGGCGCGAUCAAGCCUGGAUGGCGAAAGCUCGAUAAGCAAAUGUGGCUGUGGACGGACCAUGUCAGGGAUAAAGUCCGUGGGAAGAAAAAACAGUACCACGCUUUCCUUAUCGAAAAGACGACUGUUAAGUGGCAACACUAUCAGAUAGCGAAGAAAGAGGCGAAGAAUGUCGUUGCUUCUGAGAAGGCAGCUCAUUGUGCCGAUCUUAAUAAGAAAUUCGAGUCUCGGGAUGGUGAGCGGUACGUUUACCGACUCGCAAAGACUCGCAAUCGCCGGACCGAGGAUAUUGAAAAGUUCUUCGGCAUAAAUGACGAGAACGGUCACCUCUUGACGGACCGCAAGCAAACACUGAAACGAUGGCGAGAGUACUUCGAAAACAUCUCGACAGUCGAAUUUGCUCAUCCCGCCAUCCCUUGCGCCCCGCCAGGAUACGGUCCUGUCCAGAAGAUGACCUGA